AUGCCGGAGAACACGAAGGAGUCGGAGGCGGGGGUACAAACUCCCGCGACACCGGCAUACGCCCCUUUCAACGAUGUCGAAGGUUCACCCAACUACUCGCUGUUCGUGGACGUCUACCGCUUCCGCGUGCUCUUCGGAUCUCUCAUCGUGGGCGGCAUUCUCGUCGGUGUCAUGCUGCCGUUCGCCAGCGACGGAGUGCGCGUUCGAACCUUCGAGUCCACCGACAUGGACGCAGCCGAGCAGAAGAAGAUGCUGGACCGGUACAACUCCAUCUCCGGAGCCAAUACCGCUCUGCUCAUGAAGCCAGUCGACGUGGUGCUGAGUAUGGUCAUCUCCGUCGCCUUCCUGUGCCUCGCGACCAAGUUCAGUCAACUCGGGGAGCGACGCGCGUACCUUGCCAUGGCUGCCGUGGCUGCUGUGGGGUACCUCAUGAACACUGGUCUUAGCUCCCUCAACGUCCAAGUGAUCUCGGGGGACAUCCACCCACGGAUUCUCGCCGCUGACCUCGCAGAGCAGAGCUCUAGUGACGACACCGCUCAACAACUGAGUGCCGACGGAUUCGUGACCACCACGUGGAGUCACAGCUUCCGUGAAGACACAGCCGGCAACAGCGUCCUCAACACCAUCAUGCGCAAGCUAUUCGUACCGACCGAGAACGUCCCGACGUGGUGCAACCACACGGACGCCUUCGUGUCCCCGUUCAAGAACAUCGCUGCGAGCUACGGCUUCCCGUCUCGAUCGUGGCAGCAGCUCGCGCUAUCGCAAGCUUUAACCCCAACAGCUUCCGUGGCUAUGCCCAUGAACGCUGCGACUAGCGAUCUUCCAGCAGACUACGAACUCCUGAUGAACCAGUCGAUCGCGACCAACCUCGCGACGUACGCGCUGAUAGUGAGCAACAGCUUCCUCGGGUGGUGGAGCUCAACGGACGAGGCGUGGAGCAUUUACGCUCCAGGUUACGUCAAUAGGAACCAGUCGAUUCCCCUGGUCAUGGCGGACUAUCUGAAUCUGACGGCCUCCUCGCCCGAUUUCCUCCGUAACCUCCACGGGGUGAUUGUCGAGUACUUUGAGAAGGCCGAGAACGCGAGUACGACGGACGAGCUGGCCACGAUGGAGUUUUCCCACGUUGAUUUGGCUGAGACCGUGGCGUUUGACGCCUUCGCGAUCGAGAUCCCGACGCAAAUGAUCGGAUCGAACGAAGUGGCUCAGGCUUGCGACCAGCGCUCCAACACGUCCAUGAUCAUCGUCAGCGUCGGGAAACGCAUGGAGGGCGACGCCUUUGAAGAUGACCCCGAUGGCCUGGCCGCUCGAGUUGCCAACGCUCGCAUAGUGUACUCGUUGACUGUCGGGCGGUUGUCGUGGAGUCUGGAGGACCUGUCCGAGGUCUACGACGCUAGCUGCGCGACUGGCAGUGGCUGCAGCGGCGUCCGCUUCCCCCUCGAGUCAAGCGACCAGCUGCUGGUGGGGGUGAGCGACAUUCCCAUGGACUUGCUGAGCCCGAUCAACCUGAACGCGAUCUGGUUCGACGUUGGGUCUUCCCAGUGGACGACGCUGGCGUCGACGGUGGAGGAGGCCCGGGGGGCCGCUCUCAGGACGGAUACCACACCCAUGUUCAUUGUUCUGCCCCGCAACUUCAAGACAAUCAACUCGACCCUCACCGAGUUCAUGCUGGGCGAUGGCAUGAAGGACUGCGAGGUCCUCAUCGACAACUACCUGAACCACAUCGAGAAGAACCAUCUGUACAUCGAGCACACCCUCCAGCCAGCGUACACUGCCGGACUCUACUAUAUCUUCCAGAACGGGAUGGUACAGUCGCCAAUCUCGGCCAAUUCCUCUUCGUCGCAGCAAAACUCGCUGCAGUUCGCCGGCAACAUCCAGGAUAUGUACGUCCAAGUGUCCAUCCCCACGACGAACCUGCUGCUCGCACUCGCUGGUUGCGCUCUGAUCGUGGUGUGCGGCAUAACGGUCGUCGCAAUAGCGAGACGCGGGAAGGUGAUCGAGCAUGGCUCAGCGGCGACAGCAACUGAAGCACUGACCAACAGCGGCAAGUUCCCUCCGCUCAUGCUGCGCUUGUACCUUCACGACGGAGUUGGUGGAGGCACAGGACCCACGCUGGACUCGCUUCGUGUUGAAGAGGUUGUCUUCGCUCACAAAGAGGACGAGGCGCAGAUAUUUGCAGUCGGCCAGGCUAUCAGCGUCGAGAAGAGCAUGUGCAAAGUGACUCUAGAGCCGUGA